CGGUUGCGUAUACACGUCGCGGUCGUUGGCAGGCGGCUGAGAUUGUUUGGAAAUGGGGUCGGUGCUCACCGAGGCCGUAUGGGGAUGGUCCAUAUUCACCCUCGUCUUGCUGGCAAUUCUAGUAUUCUGCUGGAUAUAUAUCCGCCGAUACCAGAGUCAACAAGAAAGUGAGGUUGUCUCCACCAUAACUGCAAUAUGUGCACUUGCUCUUGCACUGAUCACUUCAUCGUUGUUACCAGUUGAUAUAUUCCUUGUAUCUUACAUGAAGGACUCCAAAGGAUCUUACAAGGAAUGGGCAGCAGAUAACAUCACGAGGAAGAAUAUUGAAGACACUGUCUUGUAUGGAUAUUACACCUUGUACUCCAUCAUCCUUUUCUGUGUCUUCCUGUGGAUUCCAUUUGUUUACUUCUACUAUGAAGAGAAGGAGGAUGUUGAACCUAACAAAUGCUCACAAGUGAAGAAUGCAUUGAUGUAUACCAUGGGAUUUGUGUUUGUCUGCUCCAUUCUUCUCUUAAUUGGUGCUUUUGUUCCUUUGAAUAUUCCAGCAAAUCAAAACUCUACAGAAUGGGAAAAGGUGAAAUUUCUUUUUGAAGAGCUAGGAAGCAGUCAUGGUCUGGCUGCCUUGUCUUUUUCCGUAAGCACACUGACCUUGAUUGGGAUGCUAGCGGUUAUAACAUACACAGCUUACGGCAUGUCUGCAUUGCCACUAAAUCUGAUUAGAGGUACAAAGAACGUGGUGUAUGAACGAUUGCAAAAUACUGAAGACCUUGAAGAAGUGGAACAGCAAAUGGAGAAAAUUAAAUCCAAGUGCAAAGAUGGUCGCCCGCUGUCCACAAAAGACCGUAGAGCUUUACAGAAACUAGAAGAAAAGUUACGAACACUUAGAAGAAGAGGCAGACAUCUGGAAACUGCUGAGCAAAGUUGCUGGUUGAAAAUUUGUUGUGCUCUUCGGCCUCUAAAGAUUGUUCUGGGAACAAUUUUCAUCUUGGUGGCUCUUCUAUUUGUGGUUGCUCUCUUUCUUUCAAACUUGGAUAAAGCACUACAUUCGAUGGGUUUUGAUUCUGGAUUUAUAAUAUUUGAAACUAACUUGGGAAAUCCUUUAAAUGAAUUAUUGCUUGUUCUACAGACAGUAUUUCCAUUGGAUUAUAUCCUGAUUGCUAUCAUUACGAUGUACAUAGUCUUUACAUCCAUGGCAGGAAUCCGAAACAUGGGCAUCUGGUUUUUCUGGAUAAGGCUGUACAAGAUUAGACCAGGCAGAACACGCCCCCAAGCUCUCCUUUUUCUUUGUAUGAUUCUGCUCCUGAUCGUUCUUCACACAAGUUAUAUGAUCUACAGUCUUGCACCCCAGUAUGUUAUGUAUGGAAGCCAAAAGUAUCAAGAGCAUGUGAACCAGACAGUAUCCAACUCAAAGCAAGAAGAUUCAAAUACAACCUGGCUAACAAAGAUGUGUGAUGCAAAGGCACCUGAGGAUCAAUGCACAGUGACAAGAACAUACCUCUUCCUUCACAAGUUCUGGUUCUUCAAUGUUGUUUACUACUUUGGCAACUGGGCAUUUAUUGCAGUCUUCUUAAUUGGGCUAAUUGUCUCUUGUUGCAAAGGAAAGCGAUCAGUCAUUGAGGGGGAAGUAGAUGAUGAUGAUUCAGACUUCAGUGAUGACGAAUUCAUGGAGAGACAGCAAGUUUAAUUCCUUGAUGCAUAUGUGUGAAAAGAAACUUCAUAUUCUAGUAUUUAUCACAGUAUGGAAAAUCUAUUUCAUUUGUUCCUCUUUUGAGUGAAAACUUUGAAAAAGGGGUCUAGGUGGUGUGUGGAGUUAAAUAAAAUUGAAUAAACAUUAACUUCAAACUUAAACAAACUUUCGCAAAGGCAUCGGAAUGGGACUCUAUGAUUCUUAAAUAGCCUCAAAUGAAGCAAGAUAAUUUGCUGAUCACUGCACUCAAUCUCUGGAAUUACAUACGAGGGGUGAUUGAUAAGUUCGUGGCCUAAAGUAGGAAGAGUCAGUUUUAGAAAACCUAGCACAUUUAUUUUUCCGGUGGUUGUGGAGCAUACGGAUCCCUUCUUUGUAGAAUUCGGCACCUUGGACCUCCAGAAGUUGUGCACAGCAUGGGGUGAUUGAUAAGUUCGUGGCCUAAGGUAGAAGUAGAUGUUAUUAAUUUCAAACAUUCUGCAUUUUCACUUAAAGAGUUGAACUGCGUGUGCAUAUAACAAGAGCUCUAUAACUCAUCCCCUUCUACCUUAGGCCAUGAAUUUAUCAAUCACCCCUGCUGUGGACCACCUGGAGGUCCAGGACACUGUCAUUACAUGCAUGUGCAUUUCAACUCUUUGAGUGAUAAUGCAGAAAGCUUGAAGUUAAUAACUCAUCUCAUUCUACUUUAGGCCACGAACUUAUCAAUCACCCCUGCUGUGGACCACUUCUACAAAGAAGGGAUCUGUAUGCUCUACGACCGCUGAACUAAUUGUGUAUAUGUAGGAGAGGCCUAUGUUGAAAAAUAAAUGUGAUAGGUUUUCUAAAAUUGACUUCUCCUUCCUUAGGCCAUGAACUUAUCAAUCACCCCUCAUAUAUUGUGUUUUUUGCCAUUUACCAUGAAGUCACAGACUUGGGUAAAAUAUGCUCUUUUUAACUUGGAUGCAUACAAAACUAACUAAUGUAAUGUAUGUUUUGGUUAACAGUUUUCCUGAUAAAAAUUUAACUUGGGUAAGCACUGACUGCCAAGUUCAAUUGAGCAGUUUACAAAGGUUAUCUAAUGUAAUGUAGGAGUUAAGUUAAUCUUAUAAUAAAACUACUACAGAAACGUAUAGGAUUUUUUUUGAUUUUGUUUAUUUUUCCUUUUCUGUCAACCAUGGUGUUACACAGACUACCUCCCAAUAUCCCUCGUACUUCAGUCAUUCUGUUGCCAGGUGUCAAUCCUUGUGGUGUAGCAUCAUGUAUUGGAGUCAUACACCACUUAAAAAUGAAGCACGUUGCUAUGGUUUUUGAUCUUUUGUUUAUUCUCAAUUUUAUUUCAACUGGAAGCGACAUUAAAAUGAAGGCAACAAGUUGAAAUGUGGCCACAAAAGAUAAUUUACAUCUCUGAUCUCUGCAUCAAAAUGACUAGAACAGUUAACAAAAAUCCAUAUUGCCUCCUUGUAUAAAUGUAAUAUGUGGAGGAAGCUCUAACCUGGAACAAUCAUAGCUGAUAACAUUGUAAAUGUUUUUCAACUUGCUGACAUUUUCAGUUGAGCUUCAUUGUAAUAUUAUUUGUAUAUUAAUGCAAGGAAUCAUGUAGAAAGAAUCAGAAUUAAAGUUCAAAUUUAUUAUCAAGAUACUGUAUGCAUACCAUAUACAACCUUUAGAUUCAUCACAAAACAAAGAAACAACACAAUCCACGAAAAGCCAAGUACAACAAAGACCGAAAGAUGUACAAUGUACAAAAGAGGACAAGUCGUGCAAGUAGUUUUUUUUAAAGAAAGGAAAACAAGUGAUACAUAGAACAAGAGCUGCAGAGUCCUUGAAAGUUAGUACCUCGGCUUUGGAGUUGGUUGAGCACUGAGGUGAGUGAAGCCAGUCCAGGAGCACAAUGGCUGCAAGGCAACAACUGCUCUCAAACUUGGCAGCGUGGGACCCAAGAUUCCUGCACCUCCUGCUCAAUGGUAGUAGCAAGAAGAGAGGGAGAUGGGUCAAAUGCAGGCAGACAGUGCUGGAUACUAGUUUGUUUUCCACUCUCCUGCCUCCAUGCUUUAAUCGGUGUAGGGUAAUGUAGCUGAGCAUGGGUAUGUAUUUGACUUUCAGGCCUUGAUACAGUAUUCGCCUCCAGCAAUGGCUGCCCCAACAAUGGACAUAACUGCAUUCUCAAAAGUUAAGUUCACCACAUCCUUCAGCAGAUCAUAAAAUUACUAGUUUGUUUUAACAGUUCAAAAGUACAUUUCUUUAGGGAAAUUGCAGUCUGCCAAUUGCAGUGAUCAUAGUUUAGAAGAAGUGUAUCUAGUAGAGUAUCGAAUAGUUUUGUGAGCUGCCUGCAAAAUGUUACCCACGCCAUCUUGCUCAGGUUUGUUGUCACUAAUGUUAGUGUGGAAUUUGCUGUUUUAUUUCAGCAGUGCUGUGCAGGCAUAGUAAUAACUAUAAAUUACAAUAAAAAAUUAAAAUAGUGCCAAAGUAGAACAGUGAGGUAGUGUUCAUGGACCAUUCAGAAAUCAUAUGGCAGGGUGAAGAAGCUAUCCUUGAAACAUUAGGUGUGGGUCUUAAGCACUUGUACCUCCUCCCUGGUGGUAAUAAUGAGCCAUGUCCUGGAUGGUGAGAGUCCUUAAUGAUGGAUGCUGCCUCUGUGAGCUAGUGCCUUUUGAAGAUGUUCACAAUGGUGGGGAGGCCUGUGCUUAUGAUGGAGCUGGCUGAGUCCUCAACCCUCUGAAGCCUCUUUUGUUCAUGUGCAGUGCCAUCUCCAGACCAUAAUACAACCAGUCAGAAUGCUUUCCAUGGUACAUGUAUGGGCAUUUGCGAGAGUCUUUGGUGAGAUACAAAAUCUCCUCAAAUUCCAGGUGAAGUACAGCUGCUGGCAUGCCAAGGUCAAGGUUGCAUCAAUAUGGUGAGCCCAGGAUAGAUUCUCUGAGAUGUUGACAUACAGGAACUUGAAACUGUCCUAUGAAGGGUGUCGACCCAAAGCAUCAACUGUUUACUCUUUUCCAUAGAUGCUGCCUGGCCUGCUGAGUUCCUCUAGCAGUUUGUGUAUGUCGUUUGGGUUCCAACAUCUGCAGAUUUUCUCAUGUUUGUGAACUUGUAACUGUUCUUCAUUUUCAUUGCUGACCCUUCAAUGAAGAUUGGUGUGCCUUCUCCAGAUUUGCCCUUCCUGAAGCCUACAAUAAGUUCUUGGGUCUUGUUAUGUUGAGUGCAACUAAUAGAUAUUGUUUCCAUAACAAGCAAUGUCUACCAUAACUGAUAAACACAUCAAACAAAAUGUUAUAGAUAUCAUUGCUGUAUUUUGUUAAAGUUUUGCUAUAUUAAAAAAGCUAUUGAAGGAACUUGGUGGGUCAAGCGGUAGAUAGAUAGAUAUUUUAUUGAUCCCAAAGGAAUUACAGUAUCACAGGUACAAGUGUACAGAUUUACAAAUAUUAGAAGAGAAGUAAGAAAGUGUAAAAGCUAAGUUGCCUCAAACAUUCUUAACAGGAGGGGAUCAUCACAUUCUCAGCUAUUGGUUGACUCAUUAUAGAACCUAAUGGUUGAGGGUAAGAAUGACCUUAUAUAGCGUUCUUUGGAGCAGUGCAGUUUUCUUAGUCUAAUACUAAAAGUUCUGUGGAGACAUAGGGUUCUCAACCCAAAAUGUUGACCAUCUCUUUGCCUCUACAGAUAUUGCUCAACUCACUGCAUUCCUCCAACAUUUUGAGUAUUGUUUUCUAAAGUUUUUGUUAAGAUGGAAAUGACUAGUGGCUUCCAUGCCAAAGAAUGGAAGCUGUUUAAUACAACUAAGAUCAACAAAAUCAACAAAAGAUGUUACUAUUCAAUUAUCUAGUACAUCUGAAAGACAGCACGUCUGACAGUGUUGAGUUAGCACCUAUCAAUGCUGCAGCCACAAGUAGCGAAAAGCCAAACUGUAUCAUGAAGAGAGGACAACUCAAAUUGAAAAUUUUAAUCAUUUAGUUGCACUCAAAAUCUGUUUGUUAAAGCUGUUUCAGUCACAGAUGAUCUGAUUAGAGACCCAGAGCCCAGGAUAAAAAAACUCUACCUUGGUAAACUUUGAAGCUGAAUUCAGUAACAUCAGGUAACUAAUGUGCUGUCCCCAGAGAAAUUUGUGAGAUAAGUUUCAAACCCAGCUGGAUCACUAGGAUCUAAUGUAACAAGUUAUCACAUUGCUAACUGUCUUCGGUAUGGUGAGAUGAUAUAUUAAUGUAAAUGUAGUUUGAAAAAAUAGUUAAUUUUAUAAAGUGUAAACAUAAUGAGUGAUCUCAUCCUUGUCUAUAUCAUUAUUAAAAGAGUCCAGCAAAGUACUCAGCAUCUUUAUUCUGAAUUCUUAAUCAGACUACUGGGACAUUACUGCAAGAUGGAAACUACGUUCCUCCAAAUUUUCUAUUACACCUUUCAAUUCCCCUACAAGAUGUCCCAAAGUACUUGGUAAUUAGCAAGGUAUUUUUGAAGUGUAAUCUUGAUCUUACCUUAAGAAUUAGAGCUCAGAUUUUCCUUCAUGGAGUGCCUAUGUCACAAUAUAGCACAUACACUUGCUUUAUUUUUGAAUUAUGUAUAUGAACUAUAUAAUACCACAGCCCAAUUAUUAUGAUGUUAUGUGGAUUCAUGUGUUUUACAGUUAAUUAUACUGAGCUGCAAUUGCUUUACAAUGUCUAUAGGAAGUGGAUGACAAAACAUGAGAUUUCAAAAAAAUGCCUUGUAAAAAUUGGUUGGUGUCUUGUUGGUUCCCUGUUAGAAUUACAGUGCCUAUAAAAAGUAUUCAUCCCCCUUGGAAGUUUUCGUAUUGUUUAGCAACAUUGAAUCGCAAUGGAUUUAAUUUGUAUUGAAGGUCCAGCUGCUGGUGAGUCAGUAUCUUGGCAAAAACUACAUCAUGAUGAAAAAAGAAUGCUUCAAGCAACUCCAUGAAAAGGUUUUUGAAAAGCAUAAGUCAGGAGAUGGAUACAAGGAAAUUACCAAGUCACUGAAUAUUCCUUGGGGUACAGUUAAGUCAAUCAUCAAGAAAUGGAAAGAAUAUGGCACAACUGUAAAUCUGCCUAGAGCAGGCCAUCCUCAAAAAUUGAAUGACCAUGCAAGAAGAGGACUAGUGAGAGAGGCCACCAAGAGACCCAUGGCAACUCUGGAGGAGUUGCAACCUUCAGUGGCUGAGAUGGGAGAGAGUGCACAUACAACUGUUGCUUCACCAGUUGCAGCUUUAGGGGAGAGUGGCAAAGAGCAAAAAACAACACAUAAAAUCUCAGUUAACAUAAGCCAAAGCUAUACAGGAAUUGCUUAAAAACAGCAAAGUUAAUGUCCUGGAGUGGCCAAGUCAGAGUCCAGACCCCAAUCCAAUUGAGAAUUUGUGGCUGGACUUUGCCGCAAAAGGAUUGUUUGUUCAUAAUCCCCAUGCAAUCUUUGGCAGAGCUUGAGCAGCUUUGUAAAGAAGAAUGGGGGGGGGGGGUGCGGAUUGCAGUAUCCAGAUGUGCAAAGCUGUUAGAGACCUAUCUGCCCAGACUCAAAACUCUAAUUGUUGCCAAGGGGGUGAAUACUUAGGCAAUCAAUUACGUUGUGUUUUAUAUAGGUAAUUUAGAUCACUUUGUAGAGAUCUGUUGUCACGGAAGAGUCUUUUUCUGUUGAUAGUAUCAAAAAUAAGCCAAAUUAAAUCCAUUGUGAUUCAAAGUUGUAAAACAAUAAAUCAUGAAACUUGCAAGGGGAGGGGGUGACUACUUUUUAUAAGCACGGGAAAUUGGAUAAAAUAAUCUACCUAAGGGUGGAUAGGUUAAGAGUAUGUUGAUUUAAAAUUUCCUUCUCAAAUAUCACAUUUGCCAGUUAAUGCUUUAAAUGUUAAAAGAAGUACAGUGUUUGAAGAUUGUUUGAAUGGGAACCAUGACACCUGGAAAAUUAAUAUUCUGAUUUGCAUUGUAGGUAUAUGUCCUUGUGUCUCAGUGAUUUUUGAAGAAACAAUUCAGAAUUACACUUUAUUUUACUGACGUUAAUGAUGUGCUUAAAACCCACCUGAAGGGAAAAAAGUGAAAACUAGCCAUUUGUGAAAUGAGAUUUAUACAAAAGACCUUGUCAAUCUGUCUUUUUACUCCACCAGGUAAUCCUUUAUAAUCUGAAAUAAUGAAGGAUCUCUCUUGACAUCUUCAAUGCAAUAGAGGAAAACAAUUCAGAGUAAUUAGAUUUUGCAUUGUGAUUAUAUUGGAUGCUUUAGAAUUAAAGGAAAUUGAUGUAGAACCAGAAUAAUUCUGCAUAUGUUGGUGAAUUUGCUAGACUCAAGAUUUUUUUUAUCAGAGAUUUAGUAGCUUCAAACUGAAUUUUCAUUUUAUACAAAUAUAAAAUAGUAAUUAAGUUAAUAAAGUGUGUAUAUCAAAACUCAUUCAAAUGAACGAAACUUCUGUAAAUCAUCAGAAUAAAAAUA